AUGGCAGCAGGGGGGCAGCUGCGAGAGGCGCAGAAGAGGAUCGCGUUCGGGUCACGCCAGGAGCGCAGCACCUUCCCCCUGCAGCGCGGCACAGACAGGUUGGGCAUCCAGCUGCCCCCCCUCAGGGGACACCCCCGGCUCGGGCCAGGCUGCUACCUGAGUCAGGAGGGCAGCAGCCUCCGGUACUCCUGGGGACAGAAACCCCUGAGCAGGAGAGGCUAUGUGAUAGGAGCCAGGACUGCCCAGCGCUUCCCCCCCGAGCCCCAGGUUGUGACUCCUGACCCAGCGAGGUACCAACCCCCCUGGCACACAGGGAGGAAGUGCCAGGCUGCCUCUGCUCCAUUCUCCACCAAGGCACCACGAUUCCCAGAGAGGCCUUCAGGCAGAGAAUUAGUCCCUGGGCCUGGGACUUACAGAGUGGACAAAGAGCCCCACAAGAAAGUCACCUGGCCUGGGAGGUUUGGCUCUCCAGACUGGGCUCUAGUGCCAAAGCCAGCAGAGAGGAUGCUGAAGAUGGAGGUACAGAAGCUGACCAUAGACAGAGAAUUCAGGAGGAACCAGGACCGAGUUGCCUACCUGAGGCUCUACUACAGCUGA